AUGGCCGACAAAACCCUCGCUUACUCAGCCGUCACCGUCGCCGUCGCUGGCGACAAGGAGGAGAAGGCUUAUAAGCAAGACUCGGCUGACGGCGAGGAGGAAAUGGCCUUUGAGGAAGCCAUCGACGGUGGUGAGGAGGAGACGGCAUAUAAAGAAGCCGCCGUCGACGUUGAGGUGGAUAGUGCCGAUGAGGAGGCCGCUGUCACCGCCGUCGACCGCGACGCCGCCGUCGAGCUCCUCGAGGAGAUCCGGGCGCUCAAGGAUGAGCGGUCUGACCUCCAGCGCGAACGGGCUAAUCUCCUCCGCGACCUGUCCAACGCCCGAACGAAGCUUGCCGGCGCUGAGUCUGACCUUAAGACUGUCGCCGGCCAGGCCAGCCGCCUCGAGGGCGAGGUCCGCAUCAUUCAAGACGAUCUCUCCACCGCAAACAUCGUCUCUAUGGAGCAGGAGGAAAUGGUCCGCCGCCUCGAGGGCGAGCUCCGCAUCGCACAAGACGGCCUCUCCACUGCGCACAUCGCUGCUAUGGAGCAGGAGGAAAAGGUCCGCCGCCUCGAGGGUGAGCUCCGCAUCGCACAAGACGACCUCUCCACUGCGCACAGCGCCGCUGUGGAGCAGGAGGAAAAGGUCCGCCGCCUCGAAAGUGAGCUCCGCAUCACACAAGACGACCUCUCUACUGCAAACAUUGCCGCUACUGAGCAUGAGGAAAAUGUCCGCCGCCUCAAUAACUCGAUCAAGGACCUCGAAGCCAAGUUCAAGGUCAAGAUCAACGACCUGGAGACCACGGUCAAGGUUCUCGAGGAGGAACUCAGGGUAUCCAAGCAGAAAGAGAGGGAUGAGGCGGAGAAGUUUGCCGCUGUGGAAGAGGAGUUGAUGACUAAGAUCGCUGAAUUAAGGUCUACGGUGGAGAUCGAUAAGGAGGAAAAGGCCUUUGAAAUUGAUGGCAAGGUAGAUGCUGGGGUCCUUCCUGUGCACUCCCAGGCGCUGCGGACGUCGGCCGUGAUUGGAAUUGUGGCCUUGGCGGCAGGGGCUGUAGUGUGUCUUCAGCUCGCAAAACGGAGGUAG